UAUUGUAGUUAUUUGUUGAUAACUUAAUGUGUCCCCUCAUAUUUCAUCUAUUUCUUGAAGUUUCAUCAUGGAAUCGAACGAGCUUCUGAAAACAUCUUCUAAGUUGAGAGAUUUUUCCCUCUCAUUCUUUUGUUUCAGUAAUUCUUCAGAUGCAUCAUAUGCCCUGUAGGUCCAAAUACUUCAAUUUUCAUUGUUCGUGUAAAUGCUCUUGGUUUUCGCUUCACACUACAGCUGUUUCUGUCCAUUACCAAAUAUUAUCUCAACUAAAAGGUUUAGCCUCAAUACUUUGCUAGACGUAAAUCGGUCCAAUCAAUCACGCAUCGCUUCAUUAGUUUGGAUGUAUUACUCUUUUUUCAUGUCAAUGCGCCACUCCAAAUCAAGUCGAUUAUGUUUCUUCUAUGUUGCGUAACGAACUGCUUUUGUGAUAUCCAGGACCUGUCCCUUAAGCAGAAGUAUCUUGUAACUUUUACAGUUGGUUAUAAACAGAGAGAAAAUGUUAAUGCCGCAGUCCAAAAGUUUUCUGAAAAUUUUACCAUCCUACUGUUCCAUUAUGACGGAAGAACGAGCGAAUGGGAUGAGUUCGAGUGGUCGAAGCGGGCUAUUCAUGUGAGCACCAGAAAGCAGACGAAAUGGUGGUAUGCGAAACGAUUCUUGCACCCUGACAUCGUGGCUCCAUACGAGUACAUAUUCGUCUGGGACGAAGAUCUUGCAGUCGAGCAUUUCGAUGCCGAAGAAUACAUUAAGCUGGCGAAAAAGCACGGAUUAGAGAUCUCGCAGCCUGCUUUGGACACGGAAAAGGAGAUAGCAUGGCGAAUGACGCGGAGAAAAGGCGAUGUUGAAGUUCAUAAAGAAACAGAAGAAAGACCAGACUAUUGCCCUGAUCCUCAUCUUCCACCAUGUGCCGCAUUUGUUGAGAUAAUGGCUCCAGUGUUCUCCAGAAAAGCAUGGAGAUGCGUAUGGCAUAUGAUUCAGGUACAUUCACCUCUAAAUUAUAAAUCGUAACUCGAAACUUACAUC